ACAAAGACAAGACAUCAUGGUUGAUGGCCCAAAUGUAGCUGGCGUGACUAAAAAUAGAGAUGAAAAGGCAUCAGCGCAGCAAGAUGUACCAAUCCAAAAGCCAAGGGAUUAUGAAAUACUGUACCGAUAUGUACUGUCAUUCAGCUACCUUCAUAUAGCUGCCCUAUACGGCCUAUAUUUAUGUUUUACUUCAGCGAAAUGGUGUACAAUUUUUCUGGCUAUAAUUCUGUGUAUUGCUGGAUUGAUCGGCAUUACGGCUGGCGCCCACAGGCUCUGGUCCCACAAAACUUAUAAGGCCAACCGAGCUUUAGAAAUCCUCCUCAUCAUAAUGAACUCUGUGGCAUUCCAAAACUCAGCCGUGCAGUGGAUCAGGGACCACAGACUCCAUCACAAGUACAGUGACACAGAUGCUGACCCUCAUAACGCGGAGAGAGGUUUCUUCUUCUCACACAUUGGUUGGCUAAUGGUGAAGAAGCAUCCAGAGGUUUUGUCGAAGGGGAAGACUAUCGACAUGUCCGACGUUUACAACAAUCCGGUGCUUAUGUUCCAAAAGAAGUAUGCUCUACCUAUUUUUGGUAGCGUAUGCUUCGGGCUGCCUACACUGAUUCCGAUGUACUUCUGGGGAGAAUCACUAAACAACGCCUGGCAUCUUACAAUUCUUCGCUACACAGUCUGCCUUAACAUCACAUUUUUGGUCAACAGUGCUGCACAUUUCUACGGACAAAAACCCUAUGACAACAAAAUAUUACCGUGCCAGAAUAUACUUGUGUCGAUAUUAGCCGUUGGGGAGGGUUUUCAUAAUUACCACCACGUUUUUCCCUGGGAUUACCGCACUGCAGAAUUAGGCAAUAAUGCUUUGAACUUGACAACGAAAUUUAUUGAUUUUUUCGCUUGGCUGGGCUGGGCGUCUGAGAUAAAGACCGUGUCAACUAAAGCCAUAGACCUCAGAGCUAAAAGAACUGGCGAUGGUACCAAUUUGUGGGGGUGGGGCGAUGAACAUAUGACUCAAGAAGAAAUUAAAGCAGUCGAUAUUAUCUUUCCUAACAAGGAAGUGAAUUAA